CCCGUGUGGGAGUUCCUCGGGGAGGAACAAUCUUCCGGGUGGAGGGGGAGGCGGCGUGACUGGAGUGGAAAAUUUUUUUCCGACACAACUUAGCAGCGGCCACUGAUUGAAAGGAGCACGAGGAAGCCAGAGUGUGAACUCAGAUGACGGCAUGAAACGUUUCCUCUUCCUCCUGACUUUUUAGCCGCGCCACUUAACGUCAGCCCCUACUGUAUUUUCCACCCCUCCGUCUUGGUACGGCCCUUGGAGUACGGAGCCUGCCGAGGGUCCCACGCUGGACGCGAGCGAGGAGGAGUCGGGAGGGACGUUAGAGGUCACCCCAAGCCGCCGCCCCCUCUGCAGCCUCUGACAAGUGCUUUUCAGGUUCAUACUUAAGGAUUCAUAGCUUUCUUCUGAAGAACUGAAAGUCCAUUCAUGUGAAUUAUUUAUUUUAUCAUACAUCCUUUCUGUGUGGAAAAGAAGAGACUCAUUCGGGAUGUUUGACGGUUAUGAUAGCUGCAGUGAGGACACAAGCAGCAGCUCCAGCUCCGAGGAGAGUGAAGAGGAAGUUGCUCCUUUACCUUCUAAUCUCCCCAUUAUCAAAAACAAUGGACAAGUCUACACGUACCCAGAUGGCAAAUCUGGCAUGGCUACCUGUGAAAUGUGUGGGAUGGUUGGUGUGCGAGAUGCUUUUUACUCCAAAACAAAGCGUUUCUGCAGUGUUUCAUGUUCAAGAAGUUAUUCGUCUAAUUCCAAGAAGGCAAGCAUUUUGGCCAGACUUCAGGUAACGGGUAAGCCUCCAACAAAGAAAGCAAAAGUUCUUCAGAAACAACCUUUAGUUGCUAAACUAGCCGCAUAUGCUCAGUAUCAAGCUACCUUGCAAAAUCAAGCAAAGACUAAAGCAGUAGUCUCCAUGGAAGGUUUCAGCUGGGGUAACUACAUCAAUAGCAAUAGCUUUAUAGCAGCUCCAGUUACCUGCUUUAAACAUGCACCUAUGGGGACCUGCUGGGGUGACAUCUCAGAAAAUGUGAGAGUAGAAGUUCCCAAUACAGACUGCAGCCUGCCUACCAAAGUCUUCUGGAUUGCUGGGAUUGUAAAAUUAGCAGGUUACAAUGCCCUUUUGAGAUAUGAAGGAUUUGAAAACGACUCUGCUCUGGACUUCUGGUGCAAUAUCUGUAGCUCUGAUAUCCGUCCAGUUGGCUGGUGUGCAGCCAGUGGGAAGCCUCUUGUCCCUCCUAGAACUAUUCAUCAUAAGUAUACGAACUGGAAAGCUUUUCUAGUGAAACGACUUACUGGUGCCAAAACACUUCCUCCCGACUUCUCACAAAAGGUUUCAGAAAGUAUGCAGUAUCCUUUCAAACCUUGCAUGAGAGUAGAAGUGGUUGACAAGAGACAUUUGUGUCGAACACGAGUAGCAGUGGUGGAAAGUGUAAUUGGAGGACGAUUAAGACUAGUGUAUGAAGACAGUGAAGAUAAAACAGAUGACUUCUGGUGCCAUAUGCACAGCCCACUAAUCCAUCAUAUUGGCUGGUCUCGAAGCAUAGGCCAUCGAUUCAAAAGAUCUGAUAUUACAAAGAAACAGGAUGGACAUUUUGAUACACCACCACAUUUAUUUGCUAAGGUAAAAGAAGUGGACCAGAGUGGGGAAUGGUUCAAGGAAGGAAUGAAAUUGGAAGCUAUAGACCCAUUAAAUCUUUCCACAAUAUGUGUGGCAACCAUUAGAAAGGUGCUGGCUGACGGAUUCCUAAUGAUUGGGAUCGAUGGCUCAGAAGCAGCAGAUGGAUCUGACUGGUUCUGUUAUCAUGCAACCUCCCCUUCUAUUUUCCCUGUUGGUUUCUGUGAAAUUAACAUGAUUGAACUUACUCCACCUAGAGGUUACACUAAACUUCCUUUUAAAUGGUUUGACUACCUCAGGGAAACUGGCUCCAUUGCAGCACCAGUAAAACUAUUUAAUAAGGAUGUUCCAAAUCACGGAUUUCGUGUCGGAAUGAAGUUAGAAGCAGUAGAUCUCAUGGAGCCACGUUUAAUAUGUGUAGCCACAGUCACUCGAAUCAUUCAUCGCCUCUUGAGGAUACACUUUGAUGGAUGGGAAGAAGAAUAUGACCAGUGGGUAGACUGUGAGUCUCCUGACCUCUAUCCUGUAGGGUGGUGUCAAUUAACUGGAUAUCAACUACAGCCUCCCGCAUCACAGUCGACAAGAGAAAGCCAAUCAGGUUCAUCAAAACAGAAGAAAAAGGCUAAGUCCCAGCAGUACAAAGGACAUAAGAAAAUGACUACAUUGCAGCUGAAGGAGGAGUUGAUAGAUGGAGAGGACUACAGUUUCCUGCAAGGAGCAUCUGACCCGGAAAGCAAUGGCUCUGCCAACUUCUACAUCAAGCAAGAGCCCUGAGGGGGCUCAGGAACGGAGGGUGGGAGGGAAGUUUCCACGGGACUGAUUUGUAGUCCACCCAGCUAUACGCGGGGCUGUUCUACUGGGACAUUUUGCUAAACAGAAAAUUUCAGUUCCGGAUUUUUCAGGUGGGUGGGGAAACUAUUUUAGUCGUGGGGGGAAAUUUUUCAAUUUAUAAAGAUGAACAAUUUUUGUGUUGUAUUUGAAGAUUUUGAAAGAAUUUUGUAAUAUUUUACACGUUUGGAUUUAUGUGCAUUGUUAACAAGAACUGAAAUUCUAACUUUUUUGGUAAGAUAAAAGUUUAGGUAGCAGGACUGAAAGAAAUGAUUUAAGAAGGAUAUAGUUGUAAAUGCAAGUGAACUGUCAAUACAAAUGAACCUUUUUGGUACCUGUUGGGAGAUUUGGGGAUUUUAGAAGUUCGGCCAGUCACAUCUCCAGCUUCCUUUGCUGCAGAAAUAUGCAACUGAACCCCUCCUGGAGGGGUUGUCACCAAAUGGAUCAUGGAAGGGUGAUUAAUUCUGCUUGACUGCAUUUUUAUUGCAGGCCAUUUUAAAUGUUUGUACAGAAAUGUUUUUCAUUCUGUGAACAUUUAUUUGGAGUUCUAUAUGAAACUGGAAGAACUCUGGAUACUUUUCUAUGUUCUCCUUUAAUUAAAAAAUGAUAAAAAUGAUCCUAACACUAAAGUGUUAAACUGGAAUGGUUGACCAGAUAUACAGGAUGUCAUUCUACAAGUUGAGGGGUAGGGAAAAAAGCAAUAUUGUUCUAAGUUUAUUUUAUUUUCCUUACUAAAAACUACCCCACAAAAGGGAUUUUGAUUAGUUCUCUGCCACUUCCCUCCAUCUGUGAGAUAAUACUUGGUAUAACCACACCCCAAAACAGAUGUUCUGUAUUACCAGGAGAAUCAAAUUCAAAGUUGUUUAAAGCCAAAAUAAGUUUGGAUUUCAAAAUCAUUCCAGCUCUGCUUUUAACUAUCCUGGAUUUGUUAGAAAACUAAUUUGAAAGAGAAUUUAAUUUUCUUAAAAUUCCAUAUAUAUCUAUAUAGUAUGAGCUGUCUUUACUUGUGUUCAGAAUUAGUUUUAACAAUAAUAACUGAUUUGGACCAUUUUGAACAUUCCCUAUUUUAAAAUUCGUAUGGCUUCCUUUCAAAAAAGGAUCUAAGGGUAAAUUGGUGAAAGGUUUGCUCUCUGCAUUUUCUAAUGUUGAGUUGUGACUGAAUGAGAGAGCUCUAGCGUUUACCAGUGAGGUUCAUAAACUAAACUCUCAGGAAUUAUUGCAUCUGUUCUAGAAGUGCUUCUGGGUCUUAGCCUGGCCUCUUCAGAGUGGUGAUAAUGACCAUCUCCUCUGGAAUAUAGGUAGGGCUAAUUAGAAAUUAAUCAAAAUGAUUAAACUCUACAGUCCUUCAACCUAUGGAAUGCUUUAAAAAAUGUUAAUGGAAAGCCCCAGGAGACAUUUAGGUAAGAUUUUUGUUUGAAUUUUAAAAUGCAUAGAACAUUAAAAACCAGCAAUUUAUUUUCUAAAAUAAUGCUCUACUUUUGGGAAUAAUAGCAUUGGUAAUACGCACAGGUUUACCUCAUUCUAUGCAAGAGGGGUUUAACAUAAGGUUUUGUAGUUGCUACUGGAAGUAAAAUUUGUUGCUUUAUUAAUGUAAGAAUGUAUGGAAUCGCAUGUCAACAUUUCUUAAUACUGACUCUUUAGGGGCGUAAAUGCAGAUCAUGUCAACGCCAAGUUGAUCCUCAUGUGUCAAAUAUAUGUGAAAUUCCGCUGUUAGAUUACUGGAUGUUUAUCUUAAACAACAUUACUGAGAGGGACCUACUGUAAAUGUGACAUCCUCACACUUCCCAAAUCUUUAACUUUUGAGGAUCUUCCCGUAAACUUAACGCCUAGAAGACUUCCAAAGCAGGAGUUACAACCAUCUUCAUCCUCAGACUCAGUGAAUUAAACCCAGGACUCUGAUUUCAUGAGAUGGGCACGAGAAGCCUGUUGGAUGGCUUGCUCUUCCAGUACCUUGGGCUCAGAGGCUCAGUAGGGAACUGAGUUAGUCAGGAGGGAUUUGAUUUGGAGCCUGGUAAUUAGUUCUGUGAAAUGCUCGUUUGUUUAUAAGCUUCCGGUUCUAGAGCAAAGCCAGGCUCCGAGCGCUUUUUAAUUUCCCGCCUGUUCGUGAAGGUGGUUCUUGUCUUGAUCCCAUGGCCACAGUUAAAGGUUGGUAGGACUUCCUACGUCUCAAUACAGUCUGAAGCCCUCUUUGUUGUUGAGACUCUUUAACUCCUGCUGCCAGUGAGCAGAAAGUAAGUUCAUGCAGAGGAGAUUUCUGUAUCAGCCAUAACUCCAGUUGUACAACUCGGCCCCAUUAUCUUUUACGGUUCAAAAUGUACUGCUGACCUUGGGUUUGUUUUUGUUUUUUUCCCUGUUAGGAUUAUUUGGGGCUUUUGGUAGUUUAAAUUCUUUAACCUUUUCUUUGCUGUGUAUGAAGAAAGCUAAAGCUGUUAUCAACUUCUUUUUCUACGGAUACUAACACGGGUUUUCAGUGUUUGUUUGUUGUUAUUAUUAAUUUUGCGUGAUGUGAAUACCCUCUCCCAUCAAUAUUUGUAUUAUGGUGCUAUAUAUUUGGUAAUGAUCCUUUACUAUUGGGAAGGGAUUUUAAAAAUACUGUGAUUAAACUGGGUUUCUUCCUUUGAUUUUCAUAUUUUAAAUAAAGCCACAGUCAUUUAUACAAAAGAAAAGCGUCUGUCCCUGGGCAAGUCUUUGGAGGACAGAGGUCAAAGUAAACUGCAUAAGGUUUUUACAUCAUUUCUGUAUGUAUUUGAUAUAUAGACCAAUAUCUGUACAGAUUUAAUCUUUUAUUUUCUUGGUAACUUGUGAUCAUUGAGAAAGUAUUUGAAACUUUCUCAGGAAGUGUAUAUAAUGGCGUGAAAAAUUCUUCGGAGAAAUUUAUGUUCCUUUCAUUUUUACCAAAUUGCAAAUUUCCAGCAUGAAUGUGAAAGCAUUAAAAUUAUAACUUUGUGUACAAGAUGAAAAUAAUUCACUAAAUUUGCCCUUUUUUACACAAAAUAAACAAUGUUAAACUUAA